AUGGCAAUACUCAAUAGAUUACCGGUUUCGAUCGAAGUGAACGGAAACAGCUUGCAUGAAUACCGUGAUCAUGAUAAUCAGGAAGUCCGCCCGGAUUCAACAUCAAAAUACGUCGAGUCCUUUUCUAGCGCUGCAUUCGCAAUCAGACUUUCUAUACCAAAGAUUUUCUCGUUCACUUCUGAUGCUCUGGGCGUUUUUCUCUAUCUGGACGGUACUAGUACAUACGUCGAGAGCGGAAUAUUUGAAAAAGGAUUACACGACUACAGGUUCAAAGGCACAUACGGGGUCGGCGAAGGAGGCCUUGGAUACAAGGAGUUCACUCUCAAUGAAAUAAAACUGGAAGAUUCCUCCAGCUCAAAAGCAAAGGGUCCAGCGACAUCCGUUCUCGCCGAUCUGGGAACUAUCGCUGUCCAAGUCUUUCGCAUGCGUAUCGUUGGUCCUCGGAUCAGAGAGGGAGCAAACCGAUCUGUGGCACUAGAUCUCCGGGAUGAGCUGCAAGUGUCUGAGGGGGAGCUCAGAGGCAGGAGUGUCACGCACAGUGCCAAGUUGGGAUACCAAGGUCCUGCUGACUCUGGGCCUAUACUUACUGUAUACUACAGAUUAGGAGGCUUCAGACCCUCGGCAGGACGAGACGCCAUGCGGACAGAAUAUGUGGAUGGAGAGACUUCUCCUCUCGCGGUCCUCGAACUCAAGUACCGCUCCAGGACCCCCCUGCAAGGUUUGCUCCUCGUAGCUCGGACGCCAACUUCUUCUAGAUCUUCCACCUACGUUGCGCUGAAAGGAAGACCAUUCGAAGAGCUAAAUGCGGCGGAGAAAGAUGAGCUUGUGAAAAGGCAACAGGUAUUCCCUCACGAUCGUGACAACACCCAAGGGCUAUCGCUAGGGAAUACUCUAAGGCAAGGUAUCGGAUUGAGCACGAGAGUCGUGUCAAUGCGGAAAGUGGCGUCAAAAUAG